AUGGCUACUGCUUCAGCAGAUCCUGCCACCUCAGGCUCGACAAAAACUCCUGCGCAGCUGAUGCAGGAGAAGCAUGAGGCUGCUGAGGCUCACCGUGCAAGUGUUGAAGAUGUCGUCGACGAAGAUGACAUUCAGCAUCCUCCCCCAGCUCACCACACUGAAGAGGAGGUCACUAUUAACGGUGCUGGCAAUGUCCCUAUGUCUGCCAAAGCUGCAGGCAAGCAGAAGGCAUCUGACAAGCCCCCUGUUCUGGAUACGCAGUCUGAGGAAGCAUUUCCUUCUCUAGGUCCCGCCUCUAAACCUGCCGCCGUUCCCACUUCCCGAGCACCUGGCUGGGUAGCAAGUGCCUCUGCGAAAGCGGCUCCAACAAAUGGCUCCCCUGCUCUCGGUUCUCGACCAGCCUCCUCCGGUGCCCCAACCCCGUCCUCGACACCUGGUAUUCGAACCCCCAUUUCCGCCGCACCAGGAGGCCACGGGAAUGUCCUGCUUCCGGGUAGAUUCCGCGAUUCCUUCGAAAUCGACAAUGCCGAUCUUGACAAGAACAAAUCGGUUAAGCGGGUCUUGGACGACGUAAAGAAAAAGUACAAUGUCAUUGUCACGCCCAAGUCCACCAAGUUCGCUAGAGGGACAGAAUUCAUCGCCGAGGGCCCCAAAGCUAGAGUGACUGAGGCUCUUAUGCACAUCUCCAAAGAGCUUACCGUGGAGAAGCAAGUCAAGCUUGAAAUCCCAUCCACUGUGUCCGCACAAAUCAUCGGCAAAGGUGGUGCCAACAUUAAGAAACUUGAGAGCCAGUUUAAUGUCAGAGUCCGCAUCGAGCGAGACACAAGACCUGUCGUUAAUCCAGAAGAUGUGAAAACAGAUGUUGUGGAGAUACGUGGGCACGCAGCUCAGGUUCGCCAAGUCUAUGAACAAAUUUCAAACCAAGUCAAAUCACUCCAACCAAAGGUCGAUCUUCCCAUUCGCGGAAUUGCACCUGAACUCUUCCCAUUUAUUGCCGGCCUACAUGCCGACCGUAUACAGCGACUGGAGCAAGACCGUGAUCUGAGAAUCAACGUCCCUCAGUACUAUACAUGGCAACAUCAACCACCUCAACGCACAGCCGAGGCCGAUCAGCCAUUGGCUUUUGCCCCACAUGGAGAUUCACACAUCAUCAUUUCCGGCGAGCAGGCUGCUGCUUUGGAGGCUCGUAUUUUGAUUGAGAAACUGGCGGAAGAGCUUCAAAAAGAGUUGUUGCUUGAAGAGAUUGCCGCAGAACAAAUCCUUCAUCCAUAUAUCGUUGGAGAUCGCGGCAUGGAUCCCCUGAAAUUUAUGGAAGAAACCGGUUGUGCUGUCAUUCUGCCCCCUCCACAUCACGAAACAGAAGACAUCCACAUUAUCGGACCCAAAGACAAGCUCACUGCUGGCCGCAAUCUUGCGGAAGAACUUAUGUCCAGAAAACACAAUCGAGCUGUGGAUUUACAGAAACACUUUGGUGAUGCACCACAAGGACCGGAACGCCAUUCCAGGGCGUUAGCACAAUACUUACAGCAGAAGGCGAUCGAAAGAGAAUUCCUCAAAUCUCACAACGCUGAAAUCAUCUUCCCCUCUGCUCCAAAUGCGCCUCUGAGCUGGAAUCUCAUUAGUAAUGAUCCCCAGAAAGCUUUAUCGGCCCGGAAUGAACUUUCCAAAAUCACACAGGCAUACCCCACUCCUCGUUUGCAGCUGGUUGAGGUUGACCCAUUCUUCCACCCACAUCUCGAACAGAUGCACUCCGAGAAGCUCAAAUCUAGUCUAGGCGUUCAUCUGAUAGUUCCAGAAGAUGGCUCAGACCCAGUGGUUCUUGUUUAUGAGGGUCCCGCACGAGAUGGGCCUUUUGUCAUCCCACGCACGAAACCCACCAAGAACGAGUUGACUACCUUUGAGAAGGCUCUGCAGGAAGCCCAAACUCAACUCUUGAGUAGCAUACCCCACCAAGGAAUUUCUGUUCAGGACAUCCAUGUGCCCAAGAAGUUCCAGGACAAGGUCAAGCGAUUUGUGAACAAUGAGCCCAAGCCGGCUUCUCCCCAGGCCUUCCCGGUGCAGGUGGACUUUGGUAGUGCCAGGAAUGGGCCCAAGCCUACUAAUGGCCUUUCCCGUGGAUCUCCGUCCGAGAAGGUAUACUUGAGGGGCCCAAGUGAGACAGACAUUGCGGCUUUACGCAUGAAGAUCGAAGAAUUCCUUCAAGAGGCUGAACAGGAUGAGAAGGAACGUGGAUACACCACUACAUUCCCGUUCCCUGCGCAAUUCAAUAAGAAUCUAAUUGGGAAACAAGGCGCCAACAUUAAAGCUCUACGAGAGAAGCACGAUGUCGAGAUUAAUACUCAGGAGAAUGGCAAGAUAACCAUCCAAGGGCCACAGAAGAAAGCAGAGGCUUGCAAAACGGAAAUCCAACGCUUGGCCAAGCAGUGGGAGGAUGAAGUCAAUUUCGCGAUAAAGAUUGAUCCAAAGUAUCAUGGUAUGCUGGUUGGCAGGAAUGGGGAAAACCUUCAAAAGAUCCAAAGCAAAGUCGACAACACUGUGAGAAUUGAUUUUCCCAAGUCUUCUCGCUUCAGUGAUGAUGCUUCUGUUGGUGACAAUGCGAGUGAGGUUGGUGGCACUCGUGCAAGCCAACCUCAAGAUGAGAUCCGUAUCCGUGGACCUCGAGCGAAAGCGGAGAAGGUCCGCGAUGAGCUUCUGAGCUUACAUCAAUAUCUGGUUGAUAAUUCUCACACUGCAACUGUUUCAGUGGCUCAAGGUCAAGUCGCAUCCCUCAUUGGAAAACGUGGCCAAGAAAUGGAGAAGCUGCGUGCGGACACGGGAGCGCAAAUUGACAUUCCUAAACCAGAUGGUUCCGAUAGAGUGACAAUUCAGAUCAAGGGUACCAAACAACAAGUCGAUAAGGCUAGACAGGAGUUGCAGAAACGGUCAAAGGCAUUUGAUGAUAUCGAAACUCGGACUUUGAAUGUGGACAGAAAGUAUCACCGUGCCUUGAUAGGUACAGGAGGUUCAAACAUCCAGGGUAUCGUGGCUAAAGCUGGCGGCACCGGCACUAGCGCUGAACAUGUCCGGUUCCCUCGACAAGGCGAAGAAUCUGAUACUCUUACUGUCAAGGGCACCACUAGCGUCGUGAAUGGCAUUGUUGCCGCUAUCGAGGCCUUCGUAAGUGAACGGGAUAAUCAAGUUACCGAAACUAUCGAUGUUCCUGUGACCCAACAUCGGGAACUCAUAGGUCAAAAUGGCGCGAUUCGCAAACAAAUUGAGGAUGAUUUCUCUGUUUCUCUUAAUGUACCCCGUCAAGGUAGUGGACAGACUGGUGUUAAGAUUACUGGACGACCAGAAAAUGUUGCGAAGGCCAAGGCUCACGUUGAAUCCAUUACGGCCAAGCAACCAGGUGAAACUAUUCAGGUGCCUCGAUCAUUGCAUCAUAUUGUUGGCAAACAUGGAGCAUUGUUCCGGGAGCUCUCGAGAGAUGGUAUCCGCAUUGACCAUAAAGGCCAAAAACCACCUCCAAAGCCCAAAGACGGCGGCCGACCAGCCCGAGCCAGAAACACGAAUGGCGAUAUGCCGUUGAUCACUGAUCAGCCAGGAGAGCUACAACACUCGUGGGACAUCGUCUCAAAUCAAGAUACUUUGAGUUCCGAAACCGGCGAAAUCCCCUGGGUUAUCUAUGGUGGAAAAGAUGCCACGGAAGAUGGAGUUACCAAGGCCAAGCAGAAGAUCCAGGCGUUGCUUGAUAGAGCCAAAGAACCGCAGCACACUGGCUAUCUGAUUCUCUCUGAUCCACGCCUUCACCGCCACAUCAUUGGACAGGGAGGCUCCACUAUCAACGCGAUUCGCAAGGCCUCUGGCUGUGAUAUUCAAGUCCCCAACAAGAACAGUGGAAAAGGUGAGGAGGAUGAAGCUAUAACCAUCGUGGGUGAACGAGAAGGCGUUCUCUCUGCUAAAGAGUUGAUCCUGGAAGAGGUCACUAGAGCAUCUCAAGGUGGUCGAAAUGGUGGACCGGCUCGCGCAUAG